AAUAGGUAACAGGUUGCAGUCGCGGAGGGAGAUGAACUUGUUGCCGUGUUAAUUUGCGUGGGAGCCCAUCGUGUCCCCUCCUCACCUCUCGGUGCGGACUUUGAUGGACGUGUGCGUGUGUGUGGAAAUAAUUGAACCGUCGUCGAAAGUAACAGAGAGGAGCCAGCGGACACAGUUUGAAGAAGAAGCAUGAGCGCACCAUCCUCAGGUCGCAAGACCCCAGUGGACCACGGUGUCCAGAUCCGCUUUAUCAAUGACCUCUGUGACACUGGCGGUUGGCAGCCUGGUUCCCAGCCCUAUCCCAAGACCAAGACCAAGACCCAGACUGCCUCCAAAUACGGUGUGGCAGUCAGAGUACAGGGUAUCGCUGGCCAGCCAUAUGUGGUCCUGAAGGAUGGAGAGAAAGGAGACUCAUAUGGGGUCCAACUCAGGACCCAGUACCCGUCUGGCUACAGUAGUCUCCCCCGAAGGAGAGAGGGGGCAGAGCCAGGAACACAAGGCGCAAAUGUUGGAGGAGGAAUUGGAGGAGUGCAAGGAGGUGCAUUACGCCGGGCCCAGUCCCAUGGGUCACUGCUGGACAGGGAUGGAGAGGAAGGGGCAGGUAAUGAGGAUUUACAGCUGUCUAGGCCACCAGGGGAUGGGAAGUCUGGUAGCUAUGGGAACCUGGAUGGGGGAUUAGGAGUGAGAGGAGAUAGAGAGCAGCCUCGGCGUGUCAGUGGUAGAGAGGGGGACAUGCAAAGGAAUAUGUGGGGCGGUUCGUAUCAGGCAGGGCUUAACGGGUCAGUGAGGGGCAGUCAGUCUUACACAGCCCCUCCGAAACAAACAAAUGAGUCUCAGUCCAGUCAGAGACAGACUCCUGUCAACAGACUAGUAAACAGGUUUGAUGGUGGUAACACUGGGGGCCAGAGAGGCCUUCUCGCUCCACAAGAAGAUCCCAGAGCUACAUCUCCUAUUGUCAGCCCCUACCCCUACACCUCACCUCCGUCCUCAACUCAUAGCAGCUUGGGACGCUACCAGGACACUAUCACCAGUUUUCCUGGACACUCUGCGAAUCAGUGGUCUUCACCAGGGAGAUAUGCUUCUGUGGCAACAACGCUGACCGACGCACAAGUGACCCCUGACCUUUUGCUGGACCAGGUUCAGAGUGCAGAGGUGAGCGACGAGGAGGAACAGGUCAUGCAGACCAUAUACAACAUCCUGAGGCAAGGAACAAACGAAAGUGAUGCUAUCAUCAGGCACAAAGUCAAGCUCAUCUUUCAGAAGAUUCAGACCAUAAAGUCCAAAGAAACCCAGAGGGAAGAGUGGAUGAGAGAAAAGAGGGAGCUUGAGAAAAAGACUGCUGACCUACAAACUGCCCUGCAGGGGCAAAAAAGGGACUCUGAUCCCGCUCUGAAAGCUGAGCUGGAGUCCUGUCUGGAUGAAAAUCUGCAACUCCGGGAGAUGCUGGACCGAAAGAAGACAGAACUAAAUGAAUCUCACUCAGAGCUGACUCAGCUGCGGAUGGAGCGGGAGAGCGCAGAGGCCCGGGUCAGAGAGAUGGAGGACCAGCUGGCUGAGCUUCAGGAUGAACUGCGAAGAGAAAACGGCAACAAGACGGACCUGAUGUCUUGUCAGGCAGAGCUGAUGGACGUCUGCCAACUGAAACACAAGCUGGAGGAGACGCUGAGGCAGAGAGAGAGGGAGCUGACGGCACUUAAGGGAGCCCUGAAGGAAGAGGUGGCCACACACGACAAGGAGAUAGAGGCCCUCAGGGAGCAGUACAGUGCCGACAUGGAGAAGCUUCGCAGCAGCAUGGAGCAGGUGUCUCAGUCUCACGCUGGGAUCGAAUCAGAGCGGUUGCGUGUCAAUGCCUCCGUUCGCUCUCUCCAGCAGCAGUUGGAGGACUGUCGAGAUGAGAGCAGCCACUGGAUGGAGCAGUUUCAUGCCACCAGAGAUGAACUUCGAAUGACUAAACAAGAAGAGCCACCCAGCAGUCCUGAAACACCACUCCUGCAAGCUCGUCUGGAAAAAGAGGAGUCUGAGGAGGAACUGAAGGAGCUCCAGGAGAGAGUGAGCACCAUGAAAAAACAGACACCGGACCCCGGCCACACACAGACUCUCAACCAGGAGCUCCAGCGAUGCAGUGCUGAUCUGCAGAAGGCCAAGUCUGAGCUGGAGAAGCACAGGACCGAGUUUGACAGGAAGGUCAUGGAGGUCAUCUCGAUAAAAAAAUCUCACCAGAACCAAGAGGCAGAGUUGAAGUAUGAGAUCGACAGGAUGAAGGGCCAAUUGCAUAGGGCCAAAGAAGAGGUGGCCAAGGCACAGGAGAAAAGCAAACGGCUCCCAGACCCAGCCACCAUUUCGGAGCUGGAGCAGAAGCUGGUCGGGGCACAGAGUGAAGCUAGCCAGCUCAAAGAGAAACUCUCAUUGGCUGAAGAGGAACUGGAAGCCAUUAAAACACAACUCAGUAAAGCUCAGAUGGACUUUAAUUUGCUCCAAGAUUCCCAGCAGGAGCAGAAAGACACCAACACACGUCUGAAGGAGAAACUCUCACGGUUGGAGGCUCAGCUGCAGACCAGCGCCACAGAGAGCUCAGAGACAGAGCUCGCCCUCCACUCUGAGGUGAGUGGCCUGAGAUCUGAGCUAGAAGAGGCCAAGAGAAAAGCCUCCCGACUGAGCCAGGAGCACCGCGAACGCAGCCUGCGCCUGGAGGAUACGGAGAAAGACAAGGAGACACUCAGGCAGACCAUCAACCAGCUGGAAGAGACCAAACGACAGCAGGAGAGAGCUCUGGAGAAGCUCAACAAAGAGCAUGAGUCUCUGACCAUGUCCUCAAGAGAGGAGACACAGGCUCUCAGGGUUCAGCUGGAGGAGCAGCGAGAGAAAGCACGCAAGGAAAUGCAGGAGGUGCACCGUCAUGGAAACGACGCCCAGACUGAGCUUGAGAGAAACCAUCUAAAUCUAAGGAGACUGGAGGAAGAAAUGUCACGGCAGAAGAAGGAGAUCCUACUUGUGUGCGAGGAGAGAGACAACCACCAGCUGGACAAAGAGCUUCUUGCCAACAGACUGCGCCACCUUGAGGGAGAGAUGGAGGCCAGCAAGAACAACCACAAUGAGAAAACCCGGGAGAUUCGCAUCCUGGAGGACAAGCUGAAGCGCAUGGAGUUGGAACUGGAGGAGGAGAGGAGCAGUGUGGAGAUGCUGACAGACCGGGUGGAUAGGAGCAGAGACCAGAUCGAUCAGCUCCGCUCUGAGCUCAUGCAGGAGAGGUCCUCCAAACAGGACCUGGAGCUGGACAAGAACGCCAUGGAGAAACAUCUGAAGGAGCUCAGGAGUCGUGUGGCCGACAUGGAGGGUCAGUCCCGCUCCUCAGCAGGAGUCUCCCAGCUGGAGAACAAGAUCCAGGAGCUUGAAGAACUCCUACGCAGUGAGGAAAGAGAGAAGAACUCUGUCUUUGCGUCUCAACGUCGACUUGAGAGGAAACUUAAAGACCUUAGUAUGACACUGGACGAGGAGAGACAAACACACACUGACCAGAGUGACAAGUUUGCUUUGAGGGUGAAGGCUCUGAAGAGGCAGGUGGACGAAGGAGAGACAGAGCUGGAAAGGAUCGAUGGUCUGAGGAGAAAAGCUCAGAGAGACAUGGAGGAGCAGAUGGAGUUCAAAGACGCCUUGCAGACCAGAGUCACUGCUCUGGAGUUGGAACUUAAGAGGAAAACUCAGGCAGCCAUGCGUCCAGCUUUGGAUUCAUCAGCCCUGAGCUCAGAUGAUGAUGACAGCCUUUACGACCCGUCCACCAUCACCUCCAUCCUGACGGAGGGCAACCUCCAUACCAGCUCCUGUUGAAGCAGCACUUUGGGGACAGGGUGAAAGGUGGGAGAACAUAGCACUGCGAGUGUAGGAUAUCUGGUGUGUACAGUAGUACUGUAGUUGGGAGCAAAGCCAAAAGGCAGAAUGGCAUGCCCUAAAUAUAAAUUAUAUAUUGUAGAGGUUAGUGCGGGCUUGAUUUUCCACCCCUGAUUGAAUGGAAGGAAACAAAACAUCCUCUACAUGUCAAGGAAUUCCCUUCUGUCAACCAUGUACGCAGAUGUUCUCCACAGAGCAGUUGGAACAAAUCUUAUUCAUGCACACAGUACACUACCAAUAUGUCUCCGGCCAUUUUAAAGUUGAGAUUCUUACUUCGAGCACUUAUGGUACUAUGUCUGGCUUUGACUGAAUGAUGAACUGUACUCUCAUCAUUUCCUGGUGUAAACAGUUUACAUGUCAUACUCAAGUUUUUCUCCGUAGCUCAGCUGUAAAACCUGACUGAACUCAUAAAAUCCUGCCCCAUGCACAGAAAUGAGGUAGAACCACAGGUAAACAAGGACCGAAUGUUCACACUUUUCACAUUAUGAUCGACACAAGUGAGCACUACAACAAUAAGGCCCCGAGUGCUGUUUUUCCUCAAAGUUAAUUUGAGUAACCAGAUCUAACCAUCUAAAGUGCUGUAAAUAACUCUUGCUGAACGAAAUCCGGAUUUUGUUAUCUGAAAACAAAAUAUAUAUUUUUAGCCAUUGUAUGUGUCUGUCUACAGUUGUCACACCGUACACUACUGUAUAAUAUUUAAUGUAACGUCUCAAAUAGGUUUUCUUAGACAAAGACACAGAUUCUUAUUCCAAACUAGUAAUAAAUAGCACAUACCAGACAGAAACCUCCUGUUUCUGUCACAGAUUAAGAUUAAUUUAGCUGUUGCUGGUGAGUCAUUAUUCACUGAACCUGUAAUAGUUUCCUGGUGCGACAGACUUUAGAUCUUUGGUUUUGUGGUUCAUUACUUUGAGGACAUUUCGCUUACAAAAUAACUUUAAUUGUCAGAAUAUGGUUGUUAUGCUUUUAAAGCGACAAAAUGGCCAAAAAUAUUUUUCUCUGUGUCGUAGAAACUCUCACAAGAUUGAAGCCGCAUAAUUUCAAUACAUUCCCUUGUAAGAAAUCAAUGAAAAAUAUGUACUGUCAUUUAAUUUCAAUGCCUUAAAAUUGUUUAAAAAAAUUAUUUGUCAAAAUGAUUAUUUUGUAAAGUUUUGGAGAUUUGAGUCUUAAACUAGUUUUGUAAAGGGUUGAACAAUCAGUUGAAGUUAUAAUUGUUUUACAUUUUGCUGCAAUGUAAUGUUUCUUUCUAUCUAGUGGAACUGGAAAAUGGUACAUAUGAUUUAUUAGUCAGUGGAAUAUAAAUAUGUUGAAUUUAAGGUGCUGGUACAUACUGUAAUUGUUGAAUGGAAAAGUGACUGUACUUCACUUAAUAGAUCCUUUUUUUCUAUUGAGUAUGAAUUGACGAACAGUAAUACUAUCAAGUUAAAAUGUUAUACAUGUAUAAUCUUUGUCAUAAUUACAGAAUGUUAGUGAACCAUUUUUGGCACAUUUCAUGAUAUACAAUUUCCUCAUAGUUUUUGAACUUUUCCACUUUGAACCAGGCAUAUUCUCUUUGUUUUUACGUAAAACCUUACUUUGAUAACAGUGUUGGGGCAAAAAUAUAUAUUACUUUAUGAUUAUCUGUCAUCAGGGGGGAAAUAAGUUUCCCCCUAGCACUCUGAAUAAAACCCUAAAACAGA